UUGACGAGCACAUUCUGAACUGUCAAACACCCAACUCAUUGAUUAGUGGCUCGGAUUUUUUGCGCAAAAGCACCUUUUUGAACGCCUCGUGUCGCUAAAUCCGUGCAAAACAGUGAAUUUAGGUGUUUGAAAUCAUGUUGUACUUAGAGGAUUACUUGGAGAUGAUUGAACAUUUGCCACAGGAGUUGAGGGAUAGAUUCACAGAGAUGAGAGAAAUGGACUUAUACGUACAGAAUAACAUGGAUUCGCUAGACAAGAGAGUCCGUGUUUUCUUUUCUCAGUGUCGGAGGAAUGAAGUGCAAUCCAGUCAGGCAGAGGCUGAAUUUCAGUCUCUUCGAAAGGACUACUACAAAGUCCUCGAGGAUGCUGAUGAGAAGGUACAACUUGCUAGUCAAAUGUAUGAUUUAGUCGAUCGCUACUUGCGUCGAUUGGACACUGAAUUGUACAAAUUUAAGUGUGAGCUCGAGGCUGAUCACAAUGGGAUCACUGAGAUCCUAGAAAAGCGAUCUCUAGAGCUCGAUGGUACGGGUAAUAGUAUCGGAGGUUCAGGUGGUAAUCACCAGAAGGAAAACCGAUACUUUGGCCAUUUGGCCAGUGGAAGUACAGUCUCAGGGAGUGGUCAGAGUCAGAGAACAGACACUCGCUACCGACAUAAAACAGAAAAGAGGCGAGACAGUGGAAGUGGUGCAAGCUUAGGCGUGGAGAAGCGUCAGGCGCUGAGUAUAACCAAUUCUCAGACUCCUGUUCGCCCUGUAACUCCAAAUGUCGCUACAAGCAGUGUCUCUCACCAUCAGCCACUCACAAGUACUCCCAAUUCCUCAGUCACUUACAGUCUGCACAAUAUUGGGGCUGGGAAUGCCAUUGCAGCGGCUGCCAGUCAGGCCAUUGCAGCCACUCAGCAGAUGCAGCAGGGAAGGCGUACUGCCAGUCUGAAGGCUUCCUACGAGGCCAUUCACAGCUCAUCGGGCAGUGGAGCCCAUGAACUGCUCUUAGGAACAGAUCUAGCAGGCGUCACACACUCGGCUCUCCGAGCAGUUGAGCGUGAAGGCAGUUCGUACAACUCCAGUCAAAGGAGGCAUAAGAAGAAAUUAAACUCCAGCUUGUCGCAAAAUAGCCAUUCGUCGCUUCCGGCGACCCCAACAACUACUCAAGUUCCCCUGGUGGAGCCUACAACGCCCACGGUUAUGAUCAAUGAGAAUGGGAUGGUAGUAGAGCAAACUCCAGAAGGAGAGUGGACCUAUGAUCCCAACGAACCGCGCUACUGCAUCUGCAAUCAAGUCUCUUACGGAGACAUGGUUGCCUGCGACAAUGAAGACUGUCCCUUUGAGUGGUUCCACUAUCCAUGUGUGGGCAUUACACAGUCACCCAAAGGGAAGUGGUACUGUCCUCAAUGCACAUCAUCGAUGCGUCGAAGAGGUGCACGAAAGACGUAAAAGGAGACUUGGAAUUCUGGUCAAUUGCAUGCAGAUUAUUGAGAUUAUUUUUCCAGCAGAGAACUUUUCCAAAUUCAUGAAAAAUCGCAAAAAAUAUAUAUUUCUCCAAUUGUUGUGUCUAAAAAAAAAUUGUUGGUUGAUGUAUUGUGAUGAAAAUUAAAGAAGAAAAGAUAUAUAACCAAACUGGAAAGUAA